UCUAUCUUCAAAAAACAUGGCACCGAUCCUUAUCAUCAAUUGCUCUGUUUAACUUCUCCACAGCUUUUGAUCAUUUAGAAGUGCCUAGAAAAAGAUUUUCCGUCAUUGCGGUCAAUUUUCGCUAGCGGUACCUUCAUCCUCUAAGGUGUACAGUUAGAUAGCUACUGCAUACAAAUCCCCCCUCCUCCAGCACAAAGCAUUCGAGCUAAAUCAGUUCUUCCAUUCAUUUUCUUAGUAGCAAUUUACAUAUCAAAUUAAAACAUGUGUGUCAUCUCUCAGGAGGAUCUAAACCUAGCCUGUAAAUCGUUUGAGGUGUAUCGCGUCAUUGUUAUCCCUAUGCUUAAAUAGGUCAAUUCAAAUCACAUAUUUCUUCGAGAGUCCCAAAGACUCGGAGCUUGUUUCCAUAAAUCCCCCAGAAAUCAUCCAAAAAUUGAGGAAUGAGCCUGGCUCUCUUUCUCUUGUGUUGGAUCAUGGCCCUCUCCUGAAGUUUCCAGAAAGGCGAACUUGGAUCCAUAAACGGGGGCUGGCUUUUGUCAGUACCGUGUGUUCGACCAGCAAGUGGUUCCGAUUGCGUUGGAGUGGAAAGGAGCGAUCGUAUUCGAGAGACCUCACUCUCCUUGCUCCAAUCCACUGGCGAUUGCUUUGGUGUUGAUAUGGCAACCAAUUCGCUACUUGACCGCCUAUCAAAAAUCGACGUCGACGAGGAGAAACUCUGGGAAUCACUACAAUCUGGCUCGCCUAUGUCUAUGAGCUUUUUGGCUUUAUUCUCAACGCGGCUUCGCAUUCUCGACGCUGUCCUCAAAGGUGCCCUUGGCCAGUCAUCCAGAACAACGGGCUGAGCGAUGCAUGGUCGCGGAACGUUAGCUAUUGGCGCCUCUCCUUGUAACUCCACAGUCAGUUUGAUCAAAACCUUUGCAGUGAGCAAGCUAUCGUAUCCCGCUUCAUGAAGUGGCUUCUCCACAACGUAUUUAUCAUGCUCCGGGUCAAUGACUAAAAAGUGCGCGCGGUUAGAAUGUAGGGCCUCAAUUUGAUUGGUGUUACGUACAAAUUUUGGGCGUCUUCCUCAUCGCCAAAUUGUCGUUAAUUUCUGCCAGGGAGGAUGAGGGCGUCACUGAUGAACAAUUGUGCGUGGCCAUAUAUUUUGUGUCAAUUACAAGGGGAAAUAAAGAAUGGAUAGCUUCCUUGAAAUCUUCGAUGCGAUCCGGCAAGUUGCCAAUAAAGCAUUUGUAAAAGUUGAUGAGGGAAGAAAGACCCUCGGGUCCAUUGCAGAGAGGUCACCUCCAACCAUGCCCUCAACAAUCCAUCGAAACCCCAUUUGCUGGACAAUCCGCUCUCGAAGAGUUCGCCAUUUAUCAACGCGUAUGUACUCCUCACGCUGUUUGUUGUAGGGAAUGAUUUGGACGAAAGUUUUUCGACUGAUUGAGACAAGAGAAGGGUACUCUGCGCGAACCAGCUGAUGGACCAAACGUUUUUGGUAACUGUUUAGGGCGAACCUCCAGCUCCCUAGAGGACCUGCCAUAUUCCCAUUUUCCAGUCCACCAGGUUCUGGAAUGUUGAGAUAUUCUUCCUUAUCCUUUCAGCUGUCAGCGAUGAUUUGGAAUCAAUGAGACUAUAUAUUCUCCUUACCCCUAUCUCGUCAAUCCAAGAGUCAAUGAGACCGCGAACCUUAGCUACGAAUGUAUGGGAUUCUGGGUCCAUGUUUUCGGGUUUGAUGUCCGCAAUUUUUGCAGUGCUGUUCUCACUCUCCGCCAAUUUCGUCAUUGCCAAUUGUUCUUCGAGGCGCGAAAGGUAUGGCAGCCCUUCUACAAACGGUGCUUCCAUUCGAAAUCCAUUUUUUAUCAAAAACUCGACGGCUUGUUCAUUCAGGAAAACGUCAUUGCUGGAACAGUGAAAUUGUCAUAAUUGAUAGGGGUGUACAAACCACGGCUUUGAUAAGACCAUCGCCUUUCAACUCCCAAUCUUUCGUCAAGCACGGGAUUUAUAUGGAGGUUAUAAGGUCGUAACACAUAAGUCCCUAUAUUCUUCUUCAGCAUCGAACCGACAGUCGCCAACCAAAAUGAUCGCUCUAACCAGUCUCCCCGUCCUCCAUUGCAAAGGUCAACCCAAUUUGCAACACUUGAUAGGUAUCAGCUGCUUCUUUAACUUCUUCGUAUCUCGUCUGUAGAGUCUGUUUCUCACCCCAUAGAUUGCUUCCAGGGCUCGGAGCAGACUGCCUUGGAACGAUCCCGGAAAACUCCAAGUCCACGGCAACAAAAGAAGACUUUGCUAAGUCAUUUAGAAGUCUCGGUAGAUGUUGACUAAAAGACUGCCUUGUCACAUCCAUAUUUAACGAACGAGCCUUGCUGUUCAGAUGAAAGAAAACAAGGAAAUGGGGCAUGCAAAGCCAGAGAGCUUAGCUCCUCGGAGAUUGAGCAAAUCAGAAACCCAGGGUGAAUGAAAUAGUCAAGAAAGAUGUUCAGAUGAAGGCUGAUUAAUACCUGUCAGUUUGUGUGCAGAGCUCAGAGUAUGAGCAACACAAACAAGAGACAGGAACCCUCCUAACUUCAUCAGAAAAGAAGACAUAGUGGUGUGAUAAAGAAGUUGUCUGCUAGUGUGAAUUUCCCUUCAUGGAGGAGAUUGCACAUAACUUCAAAUUAUUAGAGUAAGAGCAAAUAUCGGAUCUGGCAGGAAGAGCUUAAAGUCCUUUCUUUGUCUACACCACAAUUGCAGUCAGCAAGUAUUGAGAAGGAGACAAUGGAUCUGUAUUUACUGAGCUAAAAUAUGGACGAACACAUAAAUAAUCGCCAGCGCUCGGAGGGCAUUUUUUGGAAAAGCUUAUGACGGAUCCAGACAACGAGACCUCGUGAUCCGCAGUUGACCGAGGAUGUUUGAAGCUCGGCCUACCCGAAGAGCAAGCAACAACUUGAACGACAGUAUCUGUAACCUGCCAGUGUUCAUCCUCGACUGAUUUACUACAUCUUACUUCAGCCUUCUCAAUUGAACUAGUAGUAUUUCGGUAUCGAAACUUUGAAGCCUCACAUGAUGUCAGAUAAAAGCUUCCACAGCGCCUCAAAGCCACCUCGCCUCUCUCCCUCCUCCUCUCUAUCCCGCUCCUCCUCCACGCAAAUAUCGCAGGUCUACAAACAGUCCUCGCAGCUAUUUCUCACACGGCGGUUACAUGAAGCCUUAUCCGCUGUUGAACCUAUUAUCACCCCACCUACGUCGCAAGAAAAUGAACAGGAUGACCGCGCGCCAAUCGCCACAGCCUCGAGGAAUCUGCGCAAAAAGGUUUGGAACCUAUACAUCUCCAUUCUCAAUGCCAUCGUCGAACUUGGCGCCGAAGAGGGAAAGGAACAAUUUGGGCAAAAGGAAUGGAAAGCUUUGGCUUCCAAAGUCCGCGGUGGUGAGCUCUGGAACAUCGUAUCACAGGUCGGAUACGGUGGCAGGGAUGGCUCCAUAGAUGCGGAUGUCGUCUACAACAUCGCUACUCUUCUUCUUACUCAUUCACCGUCGCAAAAGCUCAACCAGCAGCGCCUCGAAAAUUACAUAUCGUCCUACGGCCAACCUGACCUUGACCUCGCAGCUCACAUAGAUAACUCACCAGGUCGGAAGCGAAAACAGAGAGCAUCCCGUGCGAAUGGGACAGAUACGCCAAAAGAUCUGUCUGCGCGGGUCCGGAUAUUAGAGCUCUUCACACUCCAUGUCCUCCCUCGGAACGAUGAAUGGGACUACGCUAAGGAGUUCAUUACACUGAGCGAAGUUCUAGAUGACGAGCGGAAAGAAGCCUUCCUGCAGAUGCUAGAGAAUCUACGAGAAGAAAAGGAGCAAGGCGCGUUACGGGCUGCGGAACUCCAGCGGGAAAAGGAGGCAGAAUUAGAACGCCGGCGACAAGCGGAAGAGGAACAGCAAAGGCGAGCAGCAGAACAAAGGGCCGCUGCGGAGAAAUCGCAUGCAGCAAAAGGGAUGAACGGCCACCAGAGAACAAGUAGCGAAGUCGACUAUGGAAUCGAGAAUGGAAACCCAAAUGCUGGCUCUCCUUCCUCAGCCAAAAAUCGAACCCUCAAACCCGCAACGAAGUCCGGUAGAGUUUCAUCCUCAGCCACAGUGCCAGGCCGGUCGACUGAAUCGUCAAAACAAGUUAAGAAGGUCGAUAAGCCAAAACCAGCUAUGAGGCAACUGCGCAUGUUUGCCAAUUUUCUAGUCACGCUGCUCAGGAGCAUGGGGCGUUCCAUGUCUGCAAAUCCGCUUUCAUUUCUGAGAGCACUGCUGGUUGUGUUCGGUGUUCUCAUGGCGCUUAGUCGAGCGGAUGUACGAAAUCGGCUUCGCAGAAUCACGCAUUCUGGAUGGCAGAAAAUCCGCGGUACUUUAGGCAUGGGCGUUAAGGUUAGCUACAUAUAGCGAAGGGUAUGUGCACAUAGGCUAUUCUUUCUUUAUAGAUAUAUUUUCUUCGGUACGGUUACAUGUAGUUUCGUGUAUAGUACAAGAUGGUUUCGUGGUUCAAUCAUUUACAUAUUUUUCUUUCCUUGGUAUAUUGGCUCUUGGCUAUUUUAAACGGUCUGCAUAUCUGUACAUAGGUAAUAGCAACUCUUCAUGUUUUGAAACGGAUGAAUAAUGAAAUAGGUGAACUGCAAAUAAUAUUUCCCAAAUCCUAUCUCGGCUAUCUACCUGUUUUCAUAUAGCCGUGACAAGAGCACUUCUACCGUUUGUAUUUCCUUCCAGCUUAGGUAACUUUCGACCUGUGCCGUUGUAUAUACCAAACAAAAAGAUCUAUUAACUCCCUUCCCAGCUACAUCUCUGUUAGAUGCCAUGUGUCUCCUUGCCUUGUUAAUCCAAACCUAUCAUUUAUCAUCC